GGGGUUUUAUCUUUGCAGAUACGUUAUAAGAUGUCUAAUGGUUAUGAAGAUCACAUGGCUGAAGAUUGCAGAGAUGACAUCGGCAGAACAAAUCUCAUUGUGAACUACCUCCCCCAGAACAUGACGCAGGAUGAGCUACGGAGCCUAUUCAGCAGUAUUGGCGAAGUUGAAUCUGCAAAGCUGAUUCGGGACAAAGUUGCAGGACACAGCUUAGGCUAUGGUUUUGUGAACUACGUUACUGCAAAAGAUGCAGAAAGAGCAAUAAACACACUGAACGGCCUCAGACUGCAGUCAAAAACUAUCAAGGUCUCCUAUGCUCGUCCAAGUUCUGAAGUUAUCAAGGAUGCUAAUUUAUACAUCAGUGGGCUCCCGAGGUCGAUGACACAGAAGGAUGUAGAAGAUAUGUUCUCACGUUUUGGACGCAUCAUCAAUUCCCGUGUGCUCGUGGAUCAAACCACAGGUUUAUCCAGAGGGGUCGCAUUUAUCCGGUUUGACAAAAGGUCAGAAGCAGAAGAGGCAAUUACAAAUUUCAAUGGUCACAAACCCCCAGGUUCCUCCGAACCCAUCACGGUGAAGUUUGCAGCCAAUCCCAACCAGAACAAAAACGUGGCACUGUUGUCCCAGCUGUGUCAUUCACCAGCGAGGCGGUUCGGAGGGCCGGUCCACCACCAGGCGCAGAGAUUCAGGUCAGCAGAGAAUCAGGAUCUGCCACCGCCAUGUCCUUGGCAGAGAGCAGCACGUGUACCGCAUUUAAGUGGUUUGCAUAUCACCAGUGGUACACCACAGUUUGGGAACCCCUGGUUCUCUCCUAUGGGUGUAGAUCACAUGAGUGGGCUUUCUGGUGUAAAUGUUCCAGGAAACGCAUCUUCUGGCUGGUGUAUCUUCAUCUACAACCUUGGUCAAGAUGCUGAUGAGGGAAUCCUCUGGCAGAUGUUUGGCCCCUUUGGUGCGGUUACCAAUGUGAAAGUUAUUCGGGAUUUCAACACCAACAAGUGCAAAGGUUUUGGUUUUGUGACCAUGACAAACUAUGAAGAAGCUGCAAUGGCCAUAGCAAGUCUUAAUGGCUACCGCCUGGGGGACAAAAUCUUACAGGUUUCCUUCAAAACCAACAAGUCCCACAAAUAACUUGCUCGUGCUUUUUGUAUGGAAUAGAUAAUGGAGUGACAGAAGUUGAAACAUUUUUGUUAGUGUAAAACUCAUUUUGCGCCAAUUUUCACAAGUGUUUGUCUUAGUCUAAAUGAGAAGUGGAAAAGGUUUUAUAUUCUGGGAUGCAACUGACAUGUUCAAAUGUUUGAAAUCCCACAAUGUUAGACCAAUUUUAAGUUGCUUUAAGUUAUUUCAUUUAAAAACAUGUUAAAAAAAAAUAAUAACAAUCCCCUGAAAUCUGAAGUAGAUUGCAUUUAACUAGACCCUCUGGAUGGUGGUAAAAUUGAAGCAUGCUUUCACUUAUGAGACUAACAUUUGUUCCAUUGAAUGUUGUCUGCAAAAACUGGAAUCUCUUCUAAAAACUAUCAGGCUGAAUUAAUGGAUUUGCUUGUUUCUCAUGUUGUUGUUUUUCUCACCCAUUCUCCUGACCCCUCUGCCCCCCUCCCCCGACUCGCUAGUAUGGAAGAAAAGUUGAGAAAUACUAAUGUUUUAGUUGACAGUAAAUUUGUUUUGCCGAUUAAUACUCAUUGCUACGUGUCGUUGAGGAUUACGCUUUAUAAAGUCGAGGUCUUGUAAGUAGUAGCAUGCCAGCAUAACUUUUAACACCAUUGAUGAGGUAAGUUGCACACCGAGCAGUGGCCAAGCUGUCAAAUUGAAAGGUUUUAGCAACAUUUCCUUUUAAAGCCCAACAUUUUUAAUAAGAACGGACCAAAGAGUUUCAAAGAAACUCCGGGAAGAUUUCAGAGUCAAAAUGAAACUCCACAAAAGUGUGAAUAUGUGUCGCUACGUUAUCAAACUGAAUCUCUUCUGUCCAGAUAUUUAAUGCAUGGUGCACUACUUACUGGUACAUUAUAACGCAGCAAGAUACUCGUUUUCAAAGAUCAUUAUAGUCUGAAUUCCUUUGGUAGUUCUAUUUUGUAAAGAAAAAAAAAAUUGUAAACAUUUGAGCAUUGUAUUUCUCGCAUCCCUUCUAAUGAGUGCUAGAUUUUUCUAUUUUAAUAGGAUUUUGUUUUGACAACUAGCUUUACUUAUUGAACACUCAGCAGAAAAGUACUUACGACUUGCAAGUUAGAUAUUAACAAAGAAAACCCUUUGAUUUGUAGAUUUAAAGAUUAAUCCCCCAAGUUUUCUGCAGACUGCCUUGAAACUUUGAGUUGUUCUGUUUCUGUUAAUUUUCUUUUGCUUUUUUGUGUUUUUUGUUUGUUUUUACUUUUGCAUUUAAGAACAUUAAAUUUGAUUUUGUUUUGCUCAAAUUUUGUUUUGUUUUUUAUUUUCUGUUAUUUUUUUGCUUAAGUAUUGCACAAAACGUCCAGCUUUCAAGAAAGUGUUGUUUUAUAAAGAGCGUAGUUCCUCCUAAAGAGUCUUAAUUUCGUCCUUUGACAGAUGAGUAGAAGGAAAAGGGAUGUGAAAUGAGAGCACUACAGUACAUCUGUCACAUAGAGCCUGUGUUCCCCGGGCUGAUGUAACCCUGCGCUGCUCUUUGGUAGGAGGCCUGGGAAGGAUUAUUGGGUACAGGCUGUGUGAGGAUGCUGUGCCUGGUAGAGACGUGCUCUGUGCAACCUCCAGGUAGGUUCAGUUGCCAAAAAAUUAGGGCAAAUGGGAAAACCGGGUCAGUUCCAUCGCAGUGUCUCCUUUUUGUGUGAACCUCUGCCAGUCCCAAGCUGUGUCCCUGUGCCAGAGGCUGAUCCUGGCUGCCUGCAGCGCUCCCAUCCCCUGCUGACCUUGCCUUGCGUCGGGAGAACCUCGCUUCCCUCUUGCAGCAGGACUGGAGGUCACCCCGGGAAACCUGCGCCUUCAUCUCUGCACACCGCAGCCUGAGAGCAGCUGCACGCACUGCCCGGCUCUGCUUCUUGCUCUCAGCACUGCUGGGAGCUGCUGCUGAUGGUUCUGGGAUACGGAUAGGGCACAGCGAGUGUCCUCCCGCCGCCUUUGUGUGCGGUGAGCUUAGGCAGGUUGUGCCCUUCUGCACGUUCUGCCUCGCCAGCCCUGCCCGUCCUGCCUGCUCUCUUCUGAGAAUAUACCCAAUACAAGGUACAGAAUUCCAGUAGAGGGAAUGGAAGCCCAGUUUGGCACAGAGGUGCUUUGUAAGGCAGUGCCGGAGCAGUCCCCAUUCCCAAGCGUGCUGUCUGCCACCCACUUCUGGCUGUCUCUUCCAGCAUCUGUUCCAGAUGUUUCUGUGUUUAUCAUCCAUUUAUCACUUCGCUUCUGGUGUGCAAGAAAAGGUUUCGAAGCGCUGUUGGGAUUUCUCCCAGAUUACAGCUGCGUAGUGCAGAGCACCUUUUUGCUGUGUCCCAUUACCUCUUGACCUCACUACUUCACCAUUCCGCUGGAGUGAACCUGAAGUGGUUUCCAGUUUCCUCUGAUUCUCUCUUGCCUUGUUUCACCUAAGGUUUUUGUAACCAAGUGGCGGCUGCUGCUUUAUCAGAGGAUCUCCUGCUGAUCCACUCUUCCCAAAUCCGACUUUGCAUCCAUGACCAUUACAGACAUGCUGCUCUUCACACCACUGCUUGCUUACCAACAACCUCAUUCUCUUUUAACUUUUCUUGGAGGCUUUUUGGCACAGCUGUCAUCCAACUGCUUCCUUAUUUCCCCCUCUCCUAUUCUUUAUUAAAUAAGAAGGAAAUUCAGGAUAUUGUUUCAGUAGUGCUAUGGAAGUUUCCCCUAUGAGAUGUCUGAUCCUGGACUUCUUCAGUAGUUGCUCUGAGAACAGUUACUGGGCAGUUUAGCCAAGCAAAGCAUUGCCUCUUGAGUCAGGAAAGGAGGAAAAAAUGUCCCACUAAAACACCAAGAGCUGAUGGUGGAAGAAGUACUUGGUCUGUUGGCUGUGCCAUUCUCACAGUAACUGUUUGGCUUUAGCAGCUGAGCUCAAGAAAUUAAGCAUAUGUAUUCAUGAUGCUUUUGGUCCUAAACAGUGACCAGCACAUCACACUGGUAAAGGGCAAAAGGGAGCUGCUGGGAGUGGAAACUGACUUAUAAGACCAGAAAGGUGCAAAGAGCUGGGUGUCCUUCCCACGACAUCCACACAGCUCUCUUUCAGGCUGACCCCUAAUUUCACCUCUUUCCAAAGCAGUCUUGGCCUUGUAGCUCUCAGGGACUUGAAGGUUGAAAAAAAAAAAGGUUAUCUACAGUUUUCAUCCUUUCAUUCGAGGUGGUGUGAUUCCUUUCAGGUGACCCUUCUGUCUCUGGGAUCGCGAGGUCUUACAAGAAUAUGACUGGAGCUCGGUCAUGUUGCUCAGCAGUUCCCAUCCUAUUGCUGAGUUAGGGUGUUAUGGUGGGAUUUUAAGGAACUGGGUUCCAUAGACCAUCCAGGAGAUGUUUUAUGUGGUGUCAGGACCCUGAAUGUGGAACGCUCUCCUUCUCUUACUCAACAUCCAUCCAUUUCUCUGCUUCUGUUUUUCCAACACCUGCUGUGCUUGGCAGCCCCAGGGGAUGGCUGCGCUGUUUGGGACGGCCCAGCCCUGCAGGGUGGGCUGUGUUCUUCAGGGACUGCAGGGUUUCACUCUAAAAUGAGACAGUGCUGAGCAGAGGGCUGUCCUGGGGGUGGCUCAGAGCCGCCCCUAAACUUCUCUGAAGAUGUUCUGGAUUUGAGCUGUGUUGUGCAGGACUUAAACAAACAAACAAACCCACCAAAAUACAGGGUUUUUUAGGUUGAAAAAUUAAAAAAGAAAAAAAAGAAAAAAAAAGGUUUUAACAGAGUUUUCUUGCAGGCUUUGUUCAGGCUGGUCUUUUCUGAUCUGUUGGUUUAUUAAUGAGCUUUUAUUCCCACCCAGUACCUGACACUUACUUCCCAUAUCCCUGGUAGGAAAGGGGUGCAGCCCCUGCACAGACAUCCUGUUCACCAUCAGCAGAAAGGGUCGUUGCACAGUAAAUACAGAGCAGGGAGCUCCGGUGUUGCUGUGUGCCGUAUGCAAGCUGGCAAAGGCAAGUGCAGCCUCUUCAGAAGAACUCAGAACCAUCAGAAGGGCUCUGACCAGGGGCAGAAUCAAAGCAGCGUAGCGUUCUGUUUUGUUUUCUCAUGGUUUCAUUUUGGACUGUGUCUGUAUGCUCAAGCGUUGAGUUUUUGUCCUUUGAGCCACGCUGCUUUUCUGCAGUGUCUGUGCUGCACUGUGCUAUAUAGAGGGGAGCUGAGCCCCCCACCGCCCCCAGCCCCUUCCUAUGCUGGGGGGAGGUCUGUGCCCUAGGGUGGAAGGAGCAGGAGCUGUCCUAGCACAGCUCUGACGCUACCCUCUGGUGCUGGUGUCCUUUGAAUCUCUGUGUCGCGAUAGCACGGACCCCAGUGAACAUGGAGAGGUACACGAGUCACGGAGAUAGGGUGAGCCAUGCAGCUGUCGGUGGGAGCGCUCCCGUGUGGUGUGGGCAUUUCUGUACAAAGCCAUUAAAAGUGGGCACGCCUGCACCGAUAGCAGGAGGGGUCUGCAGCUGCGAGGGAGGUGACCGAGUAACUGGAGAGGUAAUGCAGAUUUCGGAUGCUAAGUUUCGGAAGCAAGUGGUCCCUAGGGUCCUUAAAUAGUUGUUCUCAUGUUAUUUUAUUUUAAUGUUUGGGUAAGAUCAAUAAAACAAAGAUUCUUCACAUAUUUCAGGAAAGAUUUUUUUUUUCCCCCAGUGUAUUCUAAACUGGAAUAACUGAAGCUGUUUUUCUUUUUGGCUGAGUUUAUCAUUAUGUAUGUGCUUAAGAAACAAAAAAAAACAACCGCUGAGAGCAUCCCCUCGUGAGCUUUUCUACCCAAAGCAGCAGCUGAAUGGUAGAACAAACUGCUUAUUGAAGCGAGGUCCUCCAGGAAACAAAACCCUCUGAGAACCGGUAGGAUUUGGGGGCGGGUUUAUUUUUCUAUGUAAGACACGGCUUUUUGUGAACCGCUGACGGUGUCCCUGUGGCUCAGCUGCUGGAACUCAUAUAUAUAUUUAUUUGUACAUAUGGAUGUGCUUGUCCCAGCACUGCCCAGAGAGGUGCUGUGCUGUGCUGUGCUGUGCAGGACGAGGCGCCUUGCACUGAAGCUCAGGGCAGAAGUGCUGUGGGGAAGGGACCAAAUUCACACCUGGCACAGGAAAACACCGCUCCCUUUUUGCUCACCUCGUGGUUUUAUCACCCUGCGUGCUUUAAUAUCGAUACUUGGCAGCAAAUCUCGCCUUAUUCUGUGCUCUUUGCCGUAGCUCCGCGCUUCCCAGUGCUGGUGCUGAGCACCACGCGGAUCGUUACAGCAACCAGAAGCUUAGCACUCAUCUUACACAGUUAUUGCACCCUAUUUGUUUUCUACUUUACAAAGCAAGCGGGGAAAGUAAAUAGCAAAACUGAGCACAGCCUUCCUGCUCCCAGCGCGGCCGCAGACCCGGCGCAGCCGUUUUUCUGUUGGGUGGAAUUUCCGCCACGGAACGUUGGUGUUGGCCGUGGGAGAUGGGUAGGAGCAGGGCUGCCACUCGGACCGCUGCGUUCGGAGCCUUCAUUUCCCUCUUCCUUGUUCCCAAAGGGGUUGGGGCGACUUCUCGGCGGUACGGCCAGCCGUUCUCAGGUGGUCGUUGGGAAGAACUUGAAACCAGUCAGGACAAACCUUGGUCUGCCAGUAUGAAUCACGCUGUACUCCUUUUCUUGAUUUAAUUUCCCUUAUCUUCUGUAAUCUUUUGUUUAUAAAUUGAUCUGUUUGUGGGACAGAAGGUUUACCGAUUGUUUUCCGUUCUGUACAGUACACGGUUAAACAUUUUGUAUAUUUAGUGUGUUUUUAAGUUAUUGGUUUGUUUUAUAUCAAAUAAUUUAUUUUUCAGGUACCAUUUUCAUUUACGCUUUGUUUUUACAUGGGUUUAUUUUAAAUAAAGUAUGACACUGCUUUCCAAAUGUC